CUCAGCUUUCACUACUAGAAGAGGCGGGUUUCAAAGGUGCUCUUCUUUACAUUGAUCCUUGCAAUUUACCAAAGUUUCAAAACCUGAGCAAUAAGGCAUUUAUGGUGUCAUUGAACAGUGGUGGUGAUCCUUCAACACCUGGAUAUCCCAGUAUUGAUGGAAGCUAUAAACAACACCGAUCAAACCUCACUUCUCUAUUAGUUCAGACUAUUUCAGUGACGCUGGUCAGGAAGCUGUUCAUUUCCCUUGAGGAAGCUGGUGAAAAUGAAGUUUGCCAGCCCCUGAGAUUGCCUUCCGCAGAAAGGAAAAUUGUGACUUUGAAUAUUCAAACUCAGCCAACAUAUAAAACAAUAUCCAACGUUGUUGGGUAUUUAAAAGGAGCUACACUUCCUGAUAGAUAUGUCAUAGUUGGCAGCCACCAUAGCAAUUUGCCUGGCUACAGUAGUGAGCAGUGGGCUCAUGGCAAAGCAGUCAUGACGGCACUUAUCCAAGCCUUGGCCAUGAAGGUGAAGGAAGGUUGGAGGCCUGAGAGGACCAUCGUUUUCUGUUCAUGGGGUGGGACCAUGUAUGGCAAGAUUGGUUCCUAUGAAUGGGCAGAGGACCUUAGGAAAGUUCUCCAGAGGAACGCUGUGGCAUAUGUGAAUCUCCAUGAUCCAAUAAGAGGCAAAGGCAUUUUAUACUCCAUAGCAUCUCCUUCUGUUCAGCAACUAGCAACUGAAAUUACAAAGAACUACAAGUUCACCUGUCUUGGGCCAGAGAAAUGCAUGGAAUCCAAUGCUAGUUCUAUUCAAAUGCAAGGGGAUUCUGAUUAUUUCAUCAACCACCUUGGAGUCCCGGCUUUGCAGUUUUCAUACCAGGAUUCAACCACAUUAGAGACAGCAAGUUUUCUUUCUGAGGCUGUUUUCCCUGUGUCUUCAACAAUAUCCACAAAGCUGGAUUCUCCCUUCCGCCUGCACGAAUCCAUCACUAAGUUGACAGGAGAAGCAAUUUUGCAAAUUGCUAGCAAGCCAGUUCUGCCUUUUAAUGCCCUGGAUAUUGCAUUGGAAGUUCAGAAAAACCUGCAAGAAGAGCCUCAUAAUGCUGGCAAUUUGCUGAAGGUGGCCUAUGCUUUACGGGAGAGCGCAGAAUUGUUUCAAUCAGAUGAGAUGCGGCCAGCCAACGACCCAAAGGAAAGAGCUCCUGCCCGUAUCAGGAUGUUGAAUGACAUACUGCAGAGUCUCGAGAAAAACUUCUUAGUUUCAGGUGUUCCACCAGGGUUUUACAGGUAA